GAAACGCAGUCCGGUUUUAUUAAAGGUCGCUCAAUUCAUAAUAACUUACGCCUUGUUCUGGAUAUCAUUGACUAUGACCAUCUCAUAGAUACAGACGGUUUUAUUCUAUUUUUAGAUUUUUACAAGGCCUUUGAUGUGAUUGAGCAUAAUUUCAUGUUUCAAACUCUGCAAUUAUUUGGUUUUGGUAACAAAUUUAUUAAUACAGUUAAAACUUUUUAUUAUGAAACCAGUAGUUCUGUUUGUUUACCUCAGGGGACGUCUCACAGAUUUAACAUUAGCAAAGGUAUAAAACAAGGUUGUCCCAUUUCACCCCUUCUUUUUAUUGCAGCAGCAGAAAUGCUGUCUUUGCUCAUUAAACACACUGACUUUGGUAAACUGUCAGUUGCAAAUGCUGAAUUUUCAAUAAGCCAACCAGCCGACGACACAAAAAUUUUCCUGAAUAAUCUUCAUGACAUCCCAAGAUUCCUAAAACUAUUGACAUCUUUUCAAAAGCUUCAGGCCUCAAAUUGAACCUAAACAAAUGUGAGAUCUUACCCAUUAAACCAUGUACAUUAUUGAAUGCUUAUAAUAUUCCCAUUAAAUCCACAGUUAAAUACCUCGGAAUGCAUAUAACUAAAAACAAAACAGACUUGGAAAAACUGAAUGUUUGGGACAAACUAGAGAAAUGUUCGACUCUGCUAAAUAACUGGGCACAGAGAGAUCUUUCUAUUUUUGGUAGAAUUCUCCUCACCAAAAUUGAAAGCAUAUCAAGUUUCAUAUAUCCCACCUAUUCUAUAGGUGUCCCUAAACAAGCCAUCAAAUCUAUUAAUCAAGUCAAUUUUAACUUCAUAUGGAAAAGGAAAACACACUAUGUUAAACAAGGUACGCUGACUAAAAAAAAUACGAAGAUGGAGGCCUACAAGCCAUAGACUUUAACAGCCUUAAUGGCACCUUAAAAAUAAACUGGUUAAACUAAUUUAUUAAAAAUCAAAAUAGUAUUUGGUUCAUUGUUCCUAAUAAAAUAUUUUCCAGCCUAGGAGGGAUCCAAUUUUUACUCAGUUGUGAUUUUGACAUUAAGAAACUCUCAUCUUUUCAUCAGCAAGUUCUCAUGUAUUGGAAACUAUUUUCUAAACACAAUUACAGUCUACACAACACUCCUCUGUGGAACUGCAGAUACAUCACUAUCAGAAACAAAUCCAUCUUUGUUCCAACAUGGUUUGAAAAUGGAAUUUGGUCAUUAAUGCAUCUUCUUAAUGACGAUGCCACUCUCAUGUCUUUUGACGAUUUCACAGCUAAAUAUGGUUCACUAACGAAUAGAAAAGAAUUUGAAAAAAUUAUUGAGGCCAUUAAUCAAAAUGUUGUGAGCUCAGUUUCUGAUCUCUUUCAUAAUGACAUUUACAGACAUCCUACUAUCCCCAAGCUUCUGAUUAAUGGACUCAAUAUAGCAACUGCCAAACUCCCAAACCAUGAAAUCAGAGAAUAUUUGAAUGAAACGUCCUUUCCCUACAUCUCAAAUCCAAAUUAUAUAACCCAAUAUUUUAAUAUUUCAGAAAAGAAACAAAUACGAACUAAAUAUUUUAAACUCCCCAUUCCUCCUAAAGCCAAGGAAGUCCACUUUAAAACCUUUUCAGGUAUUUACCCUUCCAAGGAAUUAUUAAGAAAACGGUUUGGAAUUCCUGAAAAUUGUUGUUCUUUUUGUCAUGUGGAGAUUGAAACAACUGUGCAUCUUUUCUUUGAAUGUUUUUAUUCUGAUUUCUUUUGGAAUAGUUUACAUUAUUGGCUUUUCCCCAAGAUUCCACUUUUAGCAGAAUUUUCUAUUAAGGACAUCAUUUUUGGGUUUAUUUUAGAAAACAGAAACACAGAACUUAUUCUGAAUGUUGUAAUUAUUUUGGGUAAAUUCUAUAUACAUAAAUGUCGUUUCCUUAAAAUCAAACCAUAUUUUUCUACGUUUCACAGAGAACUCUGCUCUUUUUUUUCCAUCUGUAAACUUCAUGGAAAACAAACUUGCUAUGGAACUUCAAAGUAUCAUAUGUAAAUUGCAGCUUUUUGAUAGCCCCCUAAGCUAAGAAUCAUUGAAAUGUCUAUGUAAACCCCCUUUUUUAUUUUU